CCGUUGCCAGGGGAACGGGUCCAGCUCCGGACGAGGCCCAGCCAGCCUCGGCCCGGCCUGGCUGUACAGCCAUCGUACCCCUGGAUCCGGAGCCCUAGGACUCGCCGUCCUAAUCUCCGCCGCGCAGCUCGGGAUGGGGCUCCGCUCCGGGAUGCGCCGCUGCCCGUUCCCCGGGGCCGUCCCAGCCGCGAGGGUCUGAAGCGCGGCCACCCGGGGAAGAGGGGCGUGUGGACGGCGCAAAGGCUGAACCUCUGGGAGACCUUGGCGGAGCCGAUGUGGCUCGGCCUAAAUGACGCGCAGAUGUUUUCAAGUCAGCAAACAUUUACUGAGUACCUUCUGUGUACAAGAUGAACAUCUGCAACAAGCCCUCCAACAAGACAGCCCCUGAGAAGAGUGUGUGGACAGCGCCCUCACAGGCCAGCGGACCCUCCCCGGAGCUGCAGGGCCAGCGGUCACGCCGGAAUGGCUGGAGCUGGCCCCCUCACCCCCUCCAGAUUGUGGCCUGGCUGCUGUACCUCUUCUUUGCUGUGAUCGGCUUUGGGGUCCUUGUCCCCCUCCUGCCUUACCACUGGGUUCCUGCUGGCUAUGCUUGUAUGGGCGCCAUCUUCGCCGGCCACCUCGUGGUGCACCUGACUGCUGUCUCCAUCGACCCAGCAGAUGCCAACGUACGGGACAAGAGCUAUGCAGGGCCCCUGCCCAUCUUCAACCGCAGCCAACACGCACACGUCAUUGAAGACCUGCACUGCAAUUUGUGCGACGUGGAUGUGAGUGCUCGCUCUAAGCACUGCAGUGCCUGCAACAAGUGUGUGUGCGGCUUUGACCACCACUGCAAGUGGCUCAACAACUGUGUGGGCGAAAGGAAUUACUGGCUCUUUCUACACAGUGUGGCAUCUGCUUUACUGGGUGUCCUACUCCUCGUGCUGGUGGCCACUUACGUCUUCGUGGAGUUCUUUGUCAAUCCCAUGAGGCUGCGUACCAACCACCACUUUGAAGUCCUGAAGAACCACACGAAUGUGUGGUUUGUGUUCCUGCCUGCCGCCCCUGUGGAGACCCAGGCUCCUGCUAUCCUGGCUCUGGCUGCCCUGCUCAUUCUUCUGGGCCUGCUGUCCACAGCCCUGCUUGGCCACCUGCUCUGCUUCCACAUUUAUCUCAUGUGGCACAAGCUCACCACCUAUGAGUACAUCGUGCAGCAUCGUCCACCACAGGAGGCAAGGGGGGCCCACAGGCAGCUCGAGUCAUGUCCCCCCAAGAUGCGGCCCAUUCAGGGUGGCAUGGCAGCAAGCACAGACAUGGCUGGGCUGGAGGAGAGCUUCCGCAAGUUUGCCAUCCACGGUGACCCCAAGGCCAGUGGGCAAGAAAUGAAUGGCAAGAACUGGGCCAAGCUGUGCAAGGACUGCAAGGUGGCUGAUGGAAAGGCUGUGACAGGGACCGACGUCGACAUCGUCUUCUCCAAAGUCAAGGGGAAGUCUGCUCGAGUCAUCAACUAUGAGGAGUUCAAGAAGGCCCUGGAAGAGCUGGCACCCAAGCGAUUCAAGGGGAAGAGCAAGGAGGAGGCCUUCGAUGCCAUCUGCCAGUUGGUAGCAGGCAAGGAACCAGCCAAUGUGGGCGUCACUAAAGCAAAAACAGGGGGAGCUGUGGAACGGCUGACUGACACCAGCAAGUACACCGGCUCCCACAAGGAACGCUUCGACGAGAGCGGCAAGGGCAAGGGCAUUGCUGGGCGGCAGGACAUCCUUGAUGACAGUGGCUAUGUGAGUGCUUACAAGAAUGCAGGCACCUAUGAUGCCAAGGUGAAGAAGUGAGACCUGGGAAGAGCCCCCCAGCAUGGCAGCCCCAUCCAGAGGCUAAGGCCUGGUAUAAGGGGUGUGUGGAACAAGAGAGCCUGGUCUCCUUCCUGCUGGACCUGCCAUCCAGAGCUUCCUGCCCAGCCCCAUUGGGCCAGCCCACCAGGUCUCUGACCCAGACUCCUCUGUGUCUCCCUCCCCUUUCCUCCAUGACUUCUGUCCCUCUAGGGACAGUCUGUGCCUAUAACCUAACCGCCCCAACCUAGCCCCGGGCAUGGCUAAACCCCUGACUGCUUGCCUCAUAUUUAAGCUGCUGCUCUGGCCAAGUGCCUAAUUCUUACCCAGACCUCAAUAAAGACACCUUUUGUAUCAA